GCUGGAUUUACUCGGCACAAGUUGAGAGGUUUCUUUUUAGCCGUUAGACUUAUCAGACAAAAUCCGCAUUUGCUUUUCAAGAACAGGAUGAAGCGCUUAGCGGAUAAGCCACUACUAUGAUUGUCUUUGUCACUUUCUCGCGGACGGCCGGUUGCGAAAUGGGAUGUGGCACCAGCAGUGCGCAGCAACACGGACCUCCCUCGUCGCGGGAGGAACCGCGAGCGAGGGUGAAAAGCAACGCUCUCGAGCCAUCAUUUCUGGAAGCGUCGUAUGGAACCAAAACGAAACCCGCGGAACAGCAAGAUUUGGCGAACACAGGAGAAGGUGGACGCCAGAAAAGCCGCAACGUAACGCGGUCUGCGCAUACUGGGAACGGGCUGGCUCCGGUAGCGCUGCAGUUUGUUGCUGGUGCAACAGAAAGAGCGAGUUCUCCGAUAGACAGGGACACGCCAGCAACUUCGCCCAGCGCUCGGCGCAGCGGCGAUAGCCGGCACCUGCUAGGGGCAGAGAUGCGGCAGCGCGCGCUCGACGAAUCCUCGGAUGUACCUCACUGAUGUUGGUUUUGAAUUUAGUUUUUGCCUGUCCCUCGAACACCCCUCCAUGAGCAGUGAGUUCCCCUAUUGCUGCAGAAGGGUGGUAAGAAAUAAGUGUUGAGUACCUAUGCUCUCUUCAAAGAUGGGUGAUGAGUCGAGCCAAAAUCUAAUUCAUGGAUUGACUGAGUUGUUUCUAGUUGUAAAUAGUAAAUUAACUGAGCGAAUGAACUCGUCGCGUCUCAUGACAGGACGUGUCAGAGUGCUUCCCGCGCGAAGUGGCGAUCUCCGGGCGGUCAUGUGAAUUGCUGAAGAGCUGGGUGCAGUGGGGCGUUCGACAGCGAAGGAUGACCUUGGAGCAAAAGUACAAGAGCAUGCAGAACGAUGCACGUUUCAGUCGCCCAGUACUGGUAGCGCAGCCAAGCCCGCCCGUCACGCCCAGAGAGCGGACUAAAAAGACUCGGGCUGCUAGGGAGCAAGAGAAGAGGAGGAUUUGUAGACCAGGAGGUUCUACUGAAGAUGGGAGUCUUCACGACGGUGUCGAUCCUCCCCCGGAUAUUACGUCGGAGGAAGCGAGUGCAGCAAAUACAUCAGGAGGGUCGGCGACGAACAAACGGCCGAGCAAGACGUCCGCGCUCGACGAGCUCCGGUCCAAAAGUGCCGCGUCGCGCAGUCUACCGGGCAGCGCCAGCAGCUCCCCCGAGCACGCGGGCCGGAAGUCUGCGCUGGGCAGCGGGUCCUCCUCGGCCGGCAGCUUUUUCGGGGACCUGCAGGAGGCCCGCGAACGGGCUAUGGACGCCCAGGGAACGCGGCUGAAACUGAACCGGGCCAUGCCCGAGCAGCAGGUAGCGCACACCCCCAGCAUGAGCAGCGACGUAACCUCCACGCCCGGGUUCGGGGUGAACACGCCGGGGUUUGGCCAGUUGGGGACGCCGGGGUUUGGAGGACCUUAUUCCACGUCCGUCAGUGCGGCCGGCUCGGCGGUGUCCGCCUCCCCGCUUCCGAUACUCAGCCCGCUGAUGACCGCUACAGCUGCUGCGCAACCUCUAGUUCCGGGCGGCGCUGGUACGGCAGAACGCCUGGAUGCGGUUGCGGAGGUGGACGACGAGGAGGACCUCGACAGCGAUCUUUUCAUCGGCGAGGGGGAGCUGGUCGUGGCCUUCCCGCCGGGGACCACCGAAGCUGGUGAUGGUACGGGAAAAGUCCUGGCCGAUAGUAUAGUAGAGGGCGGAGCUUCAUCAUUCACAGCGUCACCUCCACCUGCGAAGAGGACACAUUCGGGCACAUCAGAAGAGGGAAGAACAACUGCCGCUGAGGCUUUACAUAGAGGCGGUGCAAGCGAUGCUUCAGUAAAUCAUAGGCCUAAAGAAGAUGACCGCGGUCGUAGUGCCAACAGAAGCACCGCACCGUCGACUGCGACAAGAACUACACGGCCGGGCGCGUCUCUUUAUUCCAGCACCAAAAAUACAAGGGAGAAAGAAGACAGGAGCAAGGGGGCAGCCGACGAAGAAGAGGCAGGGUCUUCCGGCGACGAGCUUUUAUUUCCAACCACGACGGUGGCCAGUGCAAGUGCCGACGUACAGGUGGACCACCAUGACGAAGAGAAGCAGGUGGGAGCGACUUCGACGGGCGCCGCGGGGACCAGGCACCGGUACGCGAUAAAUGAGUCUGUGUAUUACUGGUCAGGCUCACGAAACCGUUGGGUGCCUGGAACCGUGAAGGGAGUUGUAUCGGAGCAGGUUUUUCUGGUAGACAAGAAAAACCGCAACUGUCUCAGCCAUGUGUGGAUUGGAGAGAUGCUGUCACAGCGCGACAUGCGCCACGACAGAGUACUUGGACUCUUAGACAAGGUCCUCAAGGACGCGCCUCCUGGUCGUGUGUUGCGCGAUGAUUUUUCGUCCGACUCUUCCACCUCGGAGACAGACACGAAACGGCCUCCCCCACCGGGUGCCCAGAAUAGAACUGACAUAUCCUCGUCUGAAGACGAGGACGGUUUUUAGACUCACUGGACAGAAACUGACUCGCCUCGCACAGGCGCCGCAAUCUCCCCAUGUGCAUGCUGCACGUUGCCGCACCAUCACUCUAGUACAAGUUCUUCAUCUUGCAGCCUUGCUGACAACAUGGUUACCUUCUGGCUUUCAUUUCUGCUUUCCAC